UCACGAUCUUGUUUACGGCUGCUUCUUUUCCGGACGGAUGAACCCUUUCCGGGACGGCACCAUAUCGUGCGGAUUAUACCAGUUGAUUAAACUAUGCAAAUUACGAUACUCGGUUCUUCUAUUCCUUUUCGUGCUGCCAUGCCAUCGAUCUUCGGAUGGAGACGCCCGGUAGCCCGUGACCAGAAUUGACCAAUUUUCCAAACAUUUGUAUAUUUGUGUUCUGCUUCCUUGCCAAGCGGAGAUUUAUCCUGCCACUGAGAAGUGAUAUCCUGUCAUCGUUCAUUGAAAAUCGAAACCGAAACCGGACAUGGGGGUUGGGGGCGAAAUGUGUGUGUGUGUACGUACGUUUCUACCAUUCCAACAUCCGUCCCGUACACAAAACGGUAGUAAACAUUUGAAAAUUGAAUUGAAUGCUGGAAAUUGGAGUGAUGUAAUUUAUCAUACGUCGAGCUUACCGUAAGCUUUGUUAGGAUACAGCUUUUACAAACUCAUCACUAACCGAAGAAAAGACGUGUGGGAAAUAUUGUAUUUACUCAAGAAAAAUCCCACAACAGAGUUUGGGCCUUUCUGGUGCUGGUCAGACCAAAAGGAUUAAAAUAGCAACCGACGAAACAUUAUCAUUAGGACGAUCUUUCACAUCGAAAGGUUUCUCAUCGUGGGAGUGUUUUGUUUCGUUCGAUUAGCAAAACAGACUAACUGAAAUGUUAGCUCAUUGGUAAUUUUGAAUUCAGGGGCAUAUCUUUUGGAAUAGGAAAAUAAUGUAAGCGAAUCCUAAGUCUGUAAACCUAACGUGACGAAACCAAUUUCAUAUAAAUAGCUGAAAGAAAGGGAACGAACCCCUUCGCUCAACGGAUUCUAGACACACGGGUUGUUAGCCCCCCCUAACCGGUGGCCCAUUGCACCGGUUCGGUAAUGUAUUCGUGCAUGAAAUAGAUUCACCUUUUUACGCUCAUGAUAGAUGUAAUUUCUCACCCAUCGUCGGUGGUCGGAACACAAUGUUUGCGCUCGCUAAAAACUGAUUUAUGGCACCCGGCCUGGUGGGGCGGAGGGCCAUAUGCACGUGCGUGCCGAUAUUUACAUGCGAAACAAGGUGUCGUCCCGUGCACAUCGGCUUUCUUUGAUCGUGUUGGGGGUGGGGGUGGGGAAAAGCGAGAAAGUUAAAGAAACUGAGCCGCAACGAGUCAUCAAGCACACACAUUGUUCCUACUUUACGACACAUCGUAGGGGAAUUAUUGCAAUUUAUUUUCUUACCCUGGGGGUAGAGGGAAGGAAAAAUGGUUCGUAAAGAAAUUAAUAAAGCUUAAACAGCAGCAUGUUUAUUGCAUACUUUUAUGUAUGUUUGUGCGUACUUUUAUCUGCGCGAAGUUUGGAUAAAGACGCGUUCUCUGCUAGCUUGAAUGGAACGAUAUUUUGUCAUAAAUUGUUCACAAAACAUAGAUAAGUUGCUGAAUAAAAUUCUUUUCACUAUAUGUAAGAUCUACUGUUUUGACUAUUUACAUCACUUAAUUAUUUUGUUAGGUGAGAAUAAUUUUGUUUUCUUGCAAAAUAUAUAUUCAGAUAGAUAUUUCAGGUUGCUUUUAUUUUUUUCUUGUAAGAGAAGUUAGAGAUGUUCAUACACCGAAAAGACAUCGUUCAAUUUCCUCGGCUUCAAAUCGUGUGUCAUAAAAUUGUACACCGUUUUACAUUCAAAGCAUUCCCCCGAAUAUAAGAUGGUUCGUAGAGUAACGUUUCAUUUAUUGACAUCUUCUUGUUAGGCUUCACAUAUAUUUACUUUCACUUCAUUUGGUUCACCAUCUUUUCCAGUGCUUUCGAAUGAUUUAUUUUAUGCCAAAAAUUAUCAUUCUUUGAGCAUUGAACCCCUUCAUGACAUGCCCUAUUGCAAUGGUCGAAGCCAUAAAAUCACAUCAACAAUGGUUCAGUAAAACCCCACUGCCGUACAUAUAUUUUUAAAUGAAAUUCAAAAAGCAUAAAUUUAUUACGCCCUAAACUCUAGUUGCUACUGUUGGCUUCAUUUAUUUUGAAAUGGUUAAAAUUUGUUUGUACUGGGUUUUAUUAUUUCAUAAACAAUAAUCUGUUAAAUAAAAAUGGAUUUUGGUAACCUUUUACUGACUUCGCUAUGAAAUUGUGUCCCUUAAAGUGAGCUACUACGCCAACUGUCUUCGGAUGGAGGUGCCUGGUCGUUUACGUUAACCUUGAGAAUUCGCAAUACGACCUUUCUUUUCUAUUCUAAUAUCUAAAAAACAACCCCAAAAUAUGAUCCUCCCUUAGCAUGAACUUUUAUCGCUGCAUCACAAUUUUUACAUAACUCUGUAAAUAUAUUCACCUUACAGUGUGCAAAACCACCUUACAAAAGGAUCAUCGCUAGACCAACAGGCAGCUUAAAGCCUUGCGUGAAUAAAUUUAUAAGUCGAACGUGUGUUUCCGUUCGCACAGAAAAGCUUUCCGCGGCUUUUGGGGCGUCGUAGCUUAAAACGAAGAAGCUUACAUUUAUGACAGAUCAAAUCCAUUUCAGACUCACAAUUUCACAGUGCACACGGUGGUUGCCUCGGAAUUUGUACACGGAACAUGGGAAGAUAUGGUGUAAAAUGAAGUGCUACACAACACCAACAAUAUACCGUAAGCAUGUGCAUCUGCGACAUGGUGCCAGGCAGUGCAUAAAGCUCUUAAGAAUAGUUUACGCGUUCGUGCAUCUUGUGAAGUUCGGAUUUGAUGUUACACUGUUCUCGGAAUGUAAGUGUCAAGUCUGGUGCUUGAAGCUUGGCUUGGCGAAAUUAAGCUGGCACCGUAAGCCUGCUUAAGAUGGGGUUGUAUCGAGUUGAGAAUGUGUUCCUUAAAUCUAACUGGAUACACCGGCAUACAAGCUUAAUCCUUUGAUUAGAAUAAUACAUUUCAUUUGACGUUGUAAGAUAAGCUAUUGCUUGCAAGCGGGUUGUUUUAAGGUGGUUGUGCAGCCCAUCUUAAAAGUAAAUAAUAUGAUAUCUCAAAAUAAGCAAAAUAACGAAAGUUUUAAGCGAUUUCCUUUAUUUUGUAGAAAUCAUUUUUAAAGCCUUAAUUGUUUGUCUUGUGUAAUAGUAACCUUCAAACUAAAAUAUUUUGAAAUUCUUUUAAAAUUUUUAACUUUCAUUCCGACGAUUAAAUAGUAUAAGAUUUAUAGGGAAAUAUUUGGAAUUAUUUUUGUUGUUGGGUAUUUUUUCUUUUAUUACGAGCUUGGAGUAUAAUUUAACGCAAAAUGCGUAGUUCCUACGCCUGACAUUUCCGUACCGUAGGCGUACGUUAGGGAAGAAUUUAGGAUGAAUUCAUGGAUGGUAAAUGAAUUCUCAGGGCAAAUUAAUAAAUUGUGGCAAAUUGUAAGCGAUGGUUCUUUUAAGCCUAACAUAAAAUAGCCCCUUCCAGUUUUAAAUUUCUACCUUUUCCUACUAACUUAAAAUUCGUGUAUUAAUGACUUUGUAAUUUAAUGCUUAAAUUGACAUUAUAGUGUACAGCAACCGUUAACAGAACCAACUAAAACCACCGUAAAUAGUGCAGGCCAUUUUAGAAAGGGUUCAAACACGUUUAUUAAACAAUGUACAAAACGAUGGAUGGUGAUUAGUUUGGUAGCCAAAAGUGGUUGUUCGGCAAACAAUUAAAAUGCUGUUAACAAACCACGAAAAUCAUUGCCCCGUAUCAAUUACCUAAAUCAAACCAAAGCUUCAGGAUGUUUUGCAUAAGCCCGUUUACACGCUGCCACCUUUCGAACCGUGGCGUGGAGGAGAAAGGAAAGAAAUACAUUUCCAUUGUGUACAUGUUUUUAAAAAGUGAACCAGUUUUGGUGUUCCCACAAACGGCAUGAUUCACUUUUUUUUGCUGUUGAGCUGAAUGAAAGUUUUCCGCAACAGUGGCAGUACACGUGGGUCCAUUGGAAAGCAAAUUAUCAUAUAAAUAACCAACUGCACUGCAAGAAGGGAUCUGCAUGGAACGAGAAAGAAAAAAAAGCUUUCCGAACUUUGAAUAUGUUUCGACACGCGAACCAAACAAGCGCGGGCACGUGUUUGGAAUUUUUACAUUCGACAGGUCCAAACGCGGGAAUGGGUGGAUUUUAUUUGCUUUUAGCAGUGGUACGAAUUUUCUAAACUUUUUAUAAAACAGGCGUAGUUUUUGUAGCCUUUUGUGACGGUGCAAUACAUACUAGUAUGUGCAUGAUAUGGUGUUUUCGAAUAAAGUUGCAUUUAAAUUGACAUUGCGAGAUUUCGGCAAAGGAAGGUGAUGUGGAGGAAUCGUAUUUCAGAUGAACAUUUUACAACUCGUUCCUUUGAAACGUUAUUUCUCGUGACGUGUUUCGUUGCUUUUUUUUUGGUUCUUUUCCUUACAAAGCAACGCUACACAGGACCACGAUGAUUCUCUUUUAUGUUUUGCUCAUUUUGCAAACGCUCGCGCCGUUUGGAUGUAAUAAAUUCAUUCGUUACCGUGUGACGACUAUCUCGAGUGACAUGUAUACAUUUUAUUUAUAUCCCUUUCCCUUCUUUUUAUUUGCAUCACUUUCAGCAACCGGUAUCGUGCGUUCCUGUUUGAAAUCGGAAUCUAUCCACUAGAAGUGUAACGUUUUGCAAAAAUGACCGCCUUCCGAUAUUAUCGAAAUCUAAACGAAAGCUUUACAGCGGAGGAAGCAACACUGCUGGCAGGGAUGGAUGGCGUAAAUCGGAUACAGAAGUCAAUUCGGCUGCUAUCGGGUGAUGCGAUUGCGGGCAGCUUUCCCUGGACCAGUCCUGCGCCGGCCGAAUCACCCCAUCUGAAGGAGAUGGUUCCCAAUGAUCACGAUGACUAUGUGCCGUAUGAGCAACGGCCGGAAACGUACAUUGUGCCCGUAGUGUUUGCGCUCAUCUUUAUCGUUGGCAUCGUGGGAAAUGGGACGCUGGUGGUGAUAUUUUUGCGACACAGAGCAAUGCGCAACAUUCCCAACACCUACAUAUUUUCCCUUGCUUUAGCCGAUCUGCUGGUGAUAUUGAUCUGCGUACCGCUCGCAUCCAUGAUCUACACGCUGGAGUCUUGGCCGUGGGGCGGUGCCCUUUGUCGAUUGUCCGAGUUUGCGGAGGAAAUUUCCAUCGGUGUGUCCGUGUUCACUCUUACCGCAUUGUCCGCCGAUAGGUACUGCGCCAUCGUGAAUCCGCUCCGAAAAUUACAGACACGUCCCUUGACGGUGAUUGUGGCAUUUCUUAUCUGGGUACUGGCCAUCAUCUGUGCGAUACCGGCCGUAGUGGUGUCGGACGUGGUGGUCGUACACGUGUCGAACAAAUCAAUCGAAUACUGCUCACCAUUCGGUCCCCGGGUGAAGGAUUCCAACUAUUCCAAGUACAAAACGGUGCUCAACUCAAUCGUUUACUACUUCCUGCCACUGUCCAUCAUUGGGAUUCUUUACGUACUGAUGGCACAUCGACUACACACGAGCGCACGGGAAAUGCCGGGUGAAAAUGCAGGACCGCAGAGCCGUUCACAGGCCCGUGCCCGUCGCCACGUGGCCCGCAUGGUCAUUACCUUCGUGAUUGUCUUCAUCGUCUGCUUUUUGCCGCAUCACGUGGUCGAGCUGUGGUUCUAUCUAAAUCCGCACGCCGAGGAUGAUUACGAUGACUUCUGGCACAUUUUCCGCAUCACCGGCUUCUGUCUCAGUUUCCUAAACUCCUGCAUCAAUCCGGUCGCACUGUACUGCGUGUCGGGCGUUUUCCGGCAACACUUUCACCGGUAUCUGUGCUGCCGUCCGAUGACGGUACAGCGCCGGAUCGGUCUGUCGUCGGCCGGUAACGCCUGCGAGACGAGUUUCGUGUCAACGAUCCGACGUUCGCAGCAUCACAGCAUCCGGAAGUCACUCUCGGUGCAGAGCGUCCAUGGGAAGAGGUGAAAGUUUGUGCGUCUGGUCGUGACUGGACGCGAUCGUACGGAUAUAAAAAAUCAACAGUUUGAUCAGCUGCCCGAGGAGCCCCAGAAGCGGAACGGUCAGAAACAUCCCGAUGGGUUGGCGAUGUAAAAGAUGCACAUCCAACACAAACGAAAACUAACCCAUGGAUGGACAACGAUGCGAGGUGUUUAAAAGGUGCAAUUGAUGGUAGGUAAAUGCAUAUGUUUUUUUAUCUAUUUUGUGUUCAAAAUACCCUUGAACUUGGUGGUGCAGUUUGCGAUGUUGCUGCUUUACAUUGAUCGUUUUCUUAGUAGUUACAAAUGGAGAUAGAUAUGAAGUUGGAAAAACAAGUUUCUAAAUAUACAUGGUAAAACUUUCCACUAGAUUUCCUGCGAAUCACUACUGGAGCUCGCUGUUGCAUUUCAAAAGAUAUUCCAAGAACAUUUGCAUCAUUGACAAACAUUAGAACAUUCUCCAUGAACAUUUUUCGUCGUAAAAAACUUCUCUCAAAACCUGUUGAAGGUAAACAUCAGCUUAAAGAAAAAGAAAUAGUCAAAAAAAUUGUAUAUCACUGGACCAUCUUGAAACUUGAAAGGGUAACAGUAGCACAGCAUUAAACUUUAUCAAUCUUGAUUUGAAAGAAGGAGCGAUCACCUUUAUUCCACCGAAUCUCGCUUUUCUGCACCUUUUCCCUUUACGACAGUGAAAGGAGAAUAAAUUUUUUCUCCAAUACCACUACCAACGUUUAUCAGGAGCUAAGGAAGAUAAGAAAAUGCUGCUACCGGACCGUUGCUUCAAGCCGUUACACGUGCGUUACUGACAGUACGGACGAGAGCGCAAGUCCUUGUAGCGAGCGUAUUUAUUGGAAAACUUGAAUCGUGAUCAGCAAGGUGAUAAUGAGAAAAGACACGUUAAAUGGGUGUAAGAAAAAGCAAAACGUUGAAAGGCCAAUAGGAAGCACAAUACUUGUACAGAAGAUUGAGUGAAAUAAGAAUAAUGCAAUACAACAAUUGCAGUAAUGUUCAUGGAAUUUAUGUUUCAAUUUCUUUCGUGAGACAAAGACCAAUAGUAGAAAUGCAGAACAUGGUAGAACAUUAGUGAAUGGCUCAAUUUCGUUGAACAUUCCAUUUUUGUAUGUGGAAUCAAUCAAUGAAUGUAUAUGAUUGAAUUUGUGUAUGGAUAGUCAAGGAAAUAUGAAGGCCAAGUUGAGCUACUAAAGUGAUGAAAAAAUUGCACUCGGGUCUCAGAGACAA